AUUUUUUCUCUACAAAAGUUUUAGUCGUCAAAGUUGAAAUCGAAACAAUGUACUUCAAAGGGCUGGCACAAUGCACUAUAUAUAUGUAUUACUGGUCCUAAACUUCAGCUGUUUAUCCCAGAGCUAUAAGAUCGGAGCGCUCGAUAAGGCCUACAGCAAACGUAGCCUCGAUGUAUAUCCGGACACGGUGAAGCUGGAGGAUUCGGGUGCUCCGAAAGACGCUGGCGGCGGGACGGGCCAGGAGUGUGAAACCAAGACUUGCUCUGGGGCUCUUUCCAUUGGGGUGUCCGACCCGAAAACCAAAGCCACGAAUAUUGCGCAGAAGGCGGCGCAGGAGGCGAAGGCGGCGAAUGAUGCACAGGUGGCCGCGGCAGAGGCAGCUGCGUCACAGGUGAAAAUCCAGCUGGCCGAGAAGGCGCUACAGUCGGCGCGCGCGGCCGAGGCAGCUCUGGCGGGCAAGCAACAAAUCAUGGAGCAACUGGAGGCGGAGCAUCGCGAGGCCGAGGCGGUCGUUCAGGACGUAAGUAACUCCCUACAGAAUACACAGGCGAACGCCGCAGCGGCCAACGAUGCGGCCAACGAGGCGAAGAACCAACUGGGAAAGCUAAAGCAGCUGGUGCAGGCAUCCAUUGCGAAUCUGGCCAACAUCGAGAACGUGUCGGGCGGCGCUCAGCAGGAGUUGGCCGAGAAGACGCAGCUGCUGGAAGCGGCCAAGAAUCGAGUGGACAGCCUAUUGCGUCAGCUGAACUUGGCCAAGCAGGACUACGAUAAGACCAAGAAGGCGGCCUACAAGGCAGCCUGCUCGGCGGUCGAGGCCAAGCAGAAGGCGCAGAGGAAUCGACGUAGAGCCGCAGAUCCAAAGUCAUCUUCCCCUUGACCAUUCAUCUUUAUCUUUAUCUAUUGUA